CCCCGCCCUGCGGCGCGUCGGCCGUCCGAGCCAACUCGCAGCCCGACUGCAGGAGGUCGAGUUUCACUCUGAACUCGCGGGCGUCUCGCUACUCGCCCGUGUCGUUCACUCGCCAGUCCGCCCUCACCAGCUUCGACUACUCGUCCCCGCCGUCGUCCGCCUCCGACGCCAUCACCUACGUCCUUCUGCAGGAGGAGCCCCAGUCCCCCGACCCGCCCGCGCCGUCGGGUGAUGCCUGCGCUCAGGAGCCUCCUUCUUCCGCCACACUCCACGGCCGAGUCCAUCCUUCAGCGUCGAACCCGACCCGAAGUCCCCCUCAGACUGCCGCGGAAGAGACACACAGCCCUCCUCUUCUGCCUGCGCCCCCUGCAGAGACGGGGUCCGCCCACAGCCCCCCGUGCAGGCCCAGUCACCAGGGCAAACUCCGCAAGAUGACGCCCAACGGAUGCCGAGGGAGCGCCGGCCGGGGCCCCUCGGCGAGGAACAAAGUCGGGCCAGCCGAGGGCGCCGACGGCAACCCCAGAUCCGCGAGCGCGCUCAUGGCAGAGGCCAAGCGCGAGCCGAAGGCGGACCGCCGCGAUGACCUCGAGGGCAAGGCGAAGAGGACGUCGGGGAACUCCGUCAAGAACGGCCGCGUCGUCGGCGAGAGAGCUAAGAAAAUGUCGUCGUCGUCGUCUUCCUCCUCGACGUCGUCCUCUUCCGCAGCGCGCGACGCCGAGAACAACAAGGUGUCCAGCGCGCGGCCCUUCCGAGCGACCAAGGGAAGCAGGACGUCGGCGGGCGAGAAGACGGCGGCCAAAACUGGCAAAGGAGGCGAAGCGGCGUCGAAGGGCGGCAAGGCGCAUGCCGCCAGGGCCUCGAGGCUCGGCGGACGAGGCACCAAGGGGCGCCAGACUGACUCCCGCGGGCGGAGCAAAGGGCAGGACCUCGGCUUGGCUGCCGAACACCAAAGUGCCGACUCCGCCAUCCAGCUGUUCGCCCUCGACGCCUCCGACAGGAGCAAUGGGUCCGAUGGAACGGGGCAGCAGAAGCAGACUAGUCUCCUUUGCGGUCACAGUCAGAGCAAUGGCGUGCAUCAGCGGGAAAUGGCAGCAGGAAGCAGCAGCAGCAGUCUCCAGACCACCCUAGCAGAGGACGCCCGAAGGCCUGUUAUUGACACCGAGAGCCUGCAGGCCGGGAACAGCCUCGGCGACGCCAUCAGGAGCCAGCAUCACAUCAAGCACGGCCUCAGCAGCAGCGUGGAGAGCGGCAUUAUCCUCGACACUCCGAACUCCGCCCUCUGCCACGUCGGGAGUCGGGAGUCCUAUGACAUCUUUCUGACGGAGUUAUCGAAGACGCUGCCUCUCGCUCCGUCUCAGGCCGGCGAGUCUCGAACCUCAAAGGCAGACGAAGCACUGAGCGGGUCGACUCCUUAUUCGCACAACACUUCGGUUUCGCCCCCAAGCCUCUCCUACAGGAUCUCUUGUUCGGCCAUUGUCCACCGGGAAGGAACUCCGUCACCUGAUCCUUCUACGUCGCCCUUUGAUGCACAGGAGUCGAGGUUAUAAAGAAUGGAUAAAGGAAUGGUAAAUGGUUAGAAUAAAUAAAUGCGAUCAAAGGUUGUAAGGAUUGAGUUGUGCGAAUAAGGGAUGCGCGUUGCGUUUGGGAUUGUGU